CCGGGCCGUUCGGUCCCCUCAGGCAGUGCCUCACGGCCCCAGAGCACACACACACACACACGCGCAGUCUAAAGGCUUCCGCCGAGUGCGUGGCCCGAUGGGCGGGGCGGACCGCCUCGCCCCAGCGCGCCACCACCUCGACGCGGAGGAGGCGGACGCGGUGUCCCCGGCAGGACACCGCGGCGCCCCGGACGCCGACCCGGAGGAGCAGCCCGACUACCUGCUGCUGGACAUCCUCCACCACCUGCCACAGGGCAAGGCCGAGCGCCUGCUGAGCUGCCUCAGCGCGCGGGAGAGGGCCCUGGAGGACGUGCGCAGGCGCAGCCGCCCGGAGGGCGAGCGGGCUUGCGGCGGCGGCUGGCCGCUGAGUGCCCAGAGCCGCGGCAGGUCCAGCCCAGCGCGGCUGUGCGCGGAGGGGCCGGCGGGCCCGAGGGCGGCCGGGGGCGACCGGGCACGCCAGGCGUGCCGCCGGCUGCUCUCGCGCGCUAUCGGGGAGGGGCACGCGUACGUGAUCACUGGGCUCGCGGACGCCGGGCUGCAGCUGCCCCUGGACAUCAUCCGGGGCGACGCAGGCCUUGCUGGCGAGGCCGCUUUCUGCGGCCGCGCGGACGUGCUGAAGGCCCUGCUGCGCCUGGGCGCCCCGGCCGACGGCGAGGACGCGAGCGGGCUGCGGCCGCUGCACUAUGCCGCCAUGGUGGGCAGCACGGAGAUGAUCACCAUGUUCCAGCGCGCGGGCGUGGGUGUCAGCACCAGGAGCAGAGGUGGCGCCACCGCGAUGCACUUCGCCGCGGGCCGCGGCCACGUCGGCGCCAUGCGCCUGCUGGCCAGUUUCGGCGCGGCGCCCGGCCUCGUAGAGGAGAAGGGGUUCGCACCUGCGCACUGGGCGGCCUACACUGGACAGGCCUCGGUGUUUCAGACGCUGGCGAACCUCGGCGCGCCGAUGGGCACACUGGCGAUGACUACUGAACCGAACACAGAACUUCAGGCCUGGAACGCACCAGUGCACAUCGCCGCAUUCCACGGCCACGUGGCCGUACUGGAGGUGCUGGCGCAGCUCGGCGCCGCACACGUCACGAAUUCUCACGGGUCCACCGCGGCCCACUCCGCGGCGCGCGGAGGCAGCGCGCGCGCCCUGGAGGCAUUGGGCCGGCUUGGCUGCCCCAUCGCCAGUGCUAACAACCUCGGCAGGACCCCUCUCGUGGAAGCCGCGGAGCAAGGGCACGCUUCAGUCAUCCAGGCGCUGGCGAGCCUCGGUGAGCCGAUGGACACGCUCGUGAUGACCACUGAGCCGAACACGAACCUUCGGGCCUGGAACGCACCAGUGCACAUCGCCGCGUUCCACGGCCACGUGGCCGCACUGGAGGUGCUGGCGCAGCUCGGCGCCGCACACGCCACGAACUCUCACGGGUCCACCGCGGCCCACUGCGCGGCGCGCGGAGGCAGCACGCGCGCCCUGGAGGUGCUGGCCCGGCUGGGUUGCCCCGUCGCCGCACCUAAUUAUUUCGGCAGGACCCCUUUCCACGACGCCGCAGAGCAGGGGCACCUGCCCGCGCUGCGAACGCUGCUGCGGCUGGGGGUGCCGUUUUCUGACGUGGCCCGGACGCCCGACGAGUUCGGCCAGGUGCCGCUGGAGAUCGCCGCCGAGAAGGGCCACGAGGCGGUCGCGGAGUGGCUCCUGCAUGGCCGGCGGUGGGUGGUCGUCGGCGGCCUCGGCUCCGGCGGCAUCGUCGUGCGCGCGGGCCCGGGCGCACGGUCCGAGCAGCUGCCGGAGAGGCUGGGCACGGGCGCGGUGGUGCUGGAGCUCGCGCUGGAGGCGGGGCGCGUCCACUUCUCGAAGGUGUCGGGCGCGGGCCCGUGCUGCGGCUGGGCCUGCGUGCGGCUGCCCGGCGGCAGGGCGCUGCUGGAGGAGCUGCACGGGGCCCCCCCGCACGACGCCGGAGAGGAAGCCUGGUGGCGCCUGGGACGGCCCAUCCUAUCCAACGUGGUCAUGCUUCCCGAGACCUCCGACGUCCUGUUUCUGUUCACGACGUGGGCCCCGAUGGUUCUCUCGCAUGACUGGUCUGUUGCCGCGGGUCGGUUUUGAUUGUGUUGCUGCCCGCCAUUGGACUCCAGUGGCUUCGUCUUGGAG